AUGGCGACGCGUCACUUGUUCUGGGCGUGGACACUGUCGCUCGCGGUCGGUGGCUGGUGGACUGCCUCGUCGCAUGCCGCCAACGUCACGUGCGACGCGGAGUACGGCCAACGCAGUGCGUCCGGUGACUGCGAGUGCCUCGACGGCUUUAGCGGAUUGGGCUGUCGCCUGUGCUCCAUUGACGCGGGAACGGACGCGUGCCGGGCACUGGGCGACGACUACUCGUGCGUCAGUGGGUUCGCCUACGGUACGACCACAACCAGUAAAACGUACGCCUGCAGUCUGUCGCCGGACCUGCAAGCGCUGUUUUCAGACGGCGCGCUCGAUGUGGCGUGUGACCGGAACGAAGAAGGGGCAGCCAACUGCACGGCCGUUGUCUACAAAGCUGCGGAUACGGUGAACGGGGACCACCUCAUUGAGUGCACGAUGACCGAGUGCCACUUUCCGUCGGGCAGUGGCAACGGCGCGUGCGACAUGAUCCAGUGCAAGUGCGGUACCGGGUGCGCCGAGACGACGAAGAUGGUCAUUGAGCAAACGCUGAGCGGCAAACCCGUCAAAGUCCAAGUGCAAGACGGGUCAGACGACAUGUCGAUCCUCGUGGAAGACUCGCCGCUGCCCCUGUCCGCCACGUGCAAAGUCGCAGGCUGUGAACGUCUGGGAAGCGCCGCCGCGAGCGAUCAGGCCAGUGUGGCUACGGCCAGUGCAGACGAGGACUCGAGCCUCGCAGGUGGAGUCGUGCUCGCGAUCGUGGCAUGUGCCAUCUUGUCCGUGACGGUGCUGUUGAGUUGCAUGGCCUUCUGCUGUGGGGUCGCAGGUACGCGUCGUAGCGAGCAGGACGACGACCUCGAGACGGAGCUGCUCAAAGUCAACUCGAAAGCCGUGGACACGCUCGAGUUCCGGAACGUCAGCUGCUUUACGACCGGCGGGAAACAGACGGCUGCCAAGUGCAUUUUGAACAAAAUCUCGGGAACAGUGUCACGUGGACAGGUUCUUGGAUUGCUCGGACCAAGUGGCUCUGGCAAAACGACUUUGCUCAAUGCACUGGCUGUCGUUCAAAACGGUCAGUCGAAAAACUCGGGGGAGCUCUUGAUCGAUGGCAACAAAGUGACGAGAGCGUACCGUCGCGUGGCUGCCUACGUGCAGCAGGACGAUACGCUGUACUCGACGCUGACGGUCCGUGAAUGCAUUACGUACUCCGCUCAACUUCGCCUUCCAUUGUCCAUGACGGAUGCGGCGAAACGCGCCAUGGUCGAGCGCGUCAUCGAAGAGCUGAACCUUGGCCAUGUCGCGGGUUCUCGUAUUGGAGUGGUGGGAGGAAGUAGCUCGGAACGAGGCAUUUCUGGUGGCGAGAGACGGCGUGUUAGCAUUGGCAUGGAGCUGGUCACGUCGCCCCGCAUUCUCAUUCUCGACGAGCCCACGUCUGGACUCGACAGCUCAUCUGCCCACUCCGUGGUGAAGCUCAUCAAGGAGCUGGCAGGUCACGACCGUAUCGUGGUGCUUAGCAUCCAUCAACCAAGUGCCCGAUCCUUUCUACUGCUUGAUAAGAUCAUAUUGCUUGGAAAGGGCCGGAUGCUGUACUACGGAGCCCCUGCUAGCGCUGCGAGGUCCUUUCACGAUCUCGGCUUUCGCUGUCCUGACAACGAAAACAUUGCGGACUUUAUUCUUGAUAUCGCGAGCGACGCGGACAAUCUGCAGGUGCUUCAAUCUCGUGGAUCGAACUUGGACUUUGAGGGUGCGCCAGCAUCAGGCGUCAUGGCUGGCAGCGCACAGAGUCAUUUGCACAAAGCAGUAUCUUCUGACACUGCGUUGGACAGCCCUCUGUACAAAGCCGAAUCGUCGCCGUUUAAGACGGAAGAAGCGUCGGGAUCUCGAAGUUUAGCCGCCUCGAUUCGGAUGACUACGGUUGAGAUCCGCGUGCUGUUUAUACGCACGGCGCAAAACAUUCUUCGCCACCGCUCGCUGUUGGUCCUGCACACUGCGCUGAGCUUGGCGCUGGCUCUUUUCGGUGGCUUGAUCUUCAACAACGUCUCGGAUGACCUCGCUGGGUUCCAAAACCGUAUGGGCGCUUUCUACUUCACACUGACGUUUUUCGGGUUUGCCAGCAUGAGCUCUAUGGACGUGUUCAUUGGCGAGCGUCAGAUUUUCCUCCGCGAGACUGGAGCCAUGUACUACGGAGCAUUCAGCUACUUUCUCGCCAAGACUACGCUCGACUCUAUGUUUCUGCGCGUCCUGCCAGCAUCGCUGUUUGCGUGCAUCUUCUACUGGCUCAUGGGACUGCAAGCUGCAGCGGACCGCUUCUUUCUUUUCUGGCUUACGGUGGUGCUGUUCAAUGUGGCCGCGGGCUCGAUCUGCCUCUUUGUCGGGGUCCUGGCAACGCGUGUGGGUUCUGCCAACCUCGGCGCUACAGUCAUGCUACUGAUUAUGCUGCUCUUCGGUGGCUUUCUGAUCAACAGCGAGACAAUGCCCGGCUCGGUCGGCUGGCUCCAGCACCUCUCCAUCUUUGGCUACGCGUUCGAGAUUUUGAUGGUGAAUGAGCUGGAAGGUACCACUCUGACGUUCAAUGCGCCAGGAUACCCGUCCAUUCCUGUCUUCGGGGAAGUGUAUCUCAAGACAUUGGGCAUGGACUACGCUGACCGCUACUACGACGUCGCGGCACUUGCAGCGAUUGCGUGCGUCCUGCAGUUUCUCGCGCUCUGUUGUUUGCUGCGGCAAGUUCCGUCGCACCUUAAGAUGGCCGGUUAUGACCAAAAUGACGGCGCUACGGCCGUUGCGCAGAAAGAUGCUGAAUACAAGGCGUGUGGCUCGGAUCAAAUGCACUAG